AUGGCAGACAGCUCAGCACCGACCUCAGAGCUUACCCCUCCCUCUUCAUCCUCCAGUCUUUCUGGUGCAAUGGGAGGUGACGGUUCGCGAAGCUCAAGGUCCCCACCAUCCACCUCAGUGUAUGGUGGGCACGGGUCUAUGCCCCAGGAUUUGACUUGGAAUAACCAGCAAAUGUCAUCGGGUGUCGGGAUGGUUCCCAUGAACGGCACCACCUACCCCGGUGUCACUGGUGGUUUCUCGCCCUCUGUCAGCAACCUUUAUGACUAUCAUACAACACGGAACGGCUCUCCCACAGAAUCUAUCUCUUCACAAAACCCCCAGGCCUACCCAGGAGCAUAUGAUCAAUACGGUCUCUCUCGCAACAGCCACAUGGGGAUGUCGUCACACCGCUCGAAUGGGUACACAAGUAACCCUCUCGCGCCCUUCCCCCAACCUGCAGAAUUGUCUAUGCCCGUCAACAGCAGUUCAGCUGAAUCCGAGAUCCGCCGGCUUCGUCGACGCGUCCGAGAGCUCGAGAUGGAGAACAGCCGCGCUCGCAACGCUCUCGAAUCGCUCCGAAGCAAUGCUCCCAACCCCGCAGGCCUCCCCACACCACCGCACUCCAGCUCUUUCCAGGCAGGAUGGAAAGCCCGCACAGAGGCCCGGAAGAAGUUGUUCUGCUCGCUCAACCGAGCUGGCAAUGCGCUCUGUGCAUGGCACGACUCGAGACGUGAGAGGAGGGCAUACCCUCCCCGUAAUGCACCACCUGGGUAUCUCAACUGUGGGUGCACUUACGAGCAGGCUCUCUUUGAAGAGAGCUUGGCCCGUCACGGAGUCGGUAGCUACCAUCCUGGAGAGACUGUGCGCAUGGACCCCGCCCUUCGCAACCCUUUGCUCAAGCUCCUCGAGCAGAGGUAUGGUUACAAGGAUGGAGACUUUGAACAUGACCCUCUGACCGAGGAGUGGCAUGAAGGCGAGUCUCCAGCCGUCUGGGAACAGAAGGUCUUGUCUGGACAGGCUGUUCGCAGGCGACCUGACAACCAUAGCCAUGAUAGGCGAUGAAGGGACAGUGUCCUUGUCCACUCAUGAUGGCAGGGUCCGUCAUGUGCUAGAGUUUGUCGGUCGGUCGUUUUCCUCUUGCAUUACAUCGCAUUACACAAUUGAACUCUCUGCAAUCACAAGUCCCUUUUUGUAAUAUACUCAUUCACCCCUUAAUUCCUUCGUCUUCGAGUUUUCUGUUUUCGAAAAUUAUUUUACACACGACUUAUUUACGAUGCAUCUC